AUGACCUUCAGCCCACAAUCGCUCGUUAUAGCCAGCCCUCACAAUUCACCCAGCCCGACUGUUUUGAUUAUCAUUGCAUGGGCUGUCAUUUUUCUGAUACAUUCUUCCGAUAUAGCACCGUCCGUUCGCACGAAAGAGCAUGAGCUGGAAGAUUUGUUACAGUUCUUUGUGGCUGCACCUGAUGCAUCACUCCCCGUGGAUAUUGACCCAUCGGUAGAGCUGAAUCGCAAAUCAUUAGUUACGGCUGCUACAGGGCGGUCGGCCAUCGUACCGCCGGUGGUUGUUUUUAGCAAGACAUAUUGUCCUUAUUCAAAGCGAGCCAAGAGUUUGCUCUCGUCUCUGAAACUCGAACCGGCACCCUAUGUUGUUGAAGUUGACUUGCGAAGUGACUCGGAUACUGUCAAGGCACUGUUGGUGAGACUGACGGGACACGGCACAUUCCCAAACAUACUGGUGAGACGCAAGUCAAUUGGGGGCUCUGACGACCUGGCCCGGCUACACGAGAGUGGAGAGUUGAUCCCGCUCCUGGCGACGGCUGGAUUGAUUAAACGGCCGGGGAACCGAGAGCGCCCCAGGAAACUAUUUAUCUCGUGUCUUCUCAUACCCCGUCUUCUAUCUUCCCUCACCGUCUUCCUCGAGUUCUCAUUCCGACGCCUCGGCGCGUUCGUUCAUUUAACACUGCUGCUUGACGCAAUUCCAUUCCUUGAGCCCCGUCCCUCCUCUUUCCCAAUGCCGAGCUUCGCCCUUCCCUCUCAGUCUAAGCCUCGCCUGACGAGCUCUGCCACCAGCUUGGUUAGCUCUCUGAGCAAAAAGCAUCAACGCCUUUCCGCCGUACUCUUGUUGUUCCUAUCUUUCGCUGCUUUCUUCUCCUUCCUCUUCGGAGCUCAGCAUGACUCGAAGGCGUUUAUCGCAUAUCAACGAGCAACUGGCCGUCAACCCACCGCAUCUUACCCCCUAUCGCGCGCAUUCAAGGAGACCAACAGGGCUGUCACUCCUCAACAAAAGAGCACUGCUUCUGCGGAGCCUCUCAACUUGACUCCGGCCAUGGAACUGGGAGCAUUAGUUGCAUUCCUCACCGACCGUGCUGCUGAGAAUGCGCUCCCUCUUACCAUCGACCCCCAACAGCAAAUACCCGCCGAUGUCAUGCUUGACUUUGACACACGCUCCGAUUUUGCCCAACUAGAAGUUGAUGAUCUCGUUCAGGACACAUGGAUGCGCAACCCUGUCGUUAUCUUCUCCAAGGUCCAUUCACCCCAGGGUCGUGACUUGAAGAAGAUUUUCGCGUCUUACAAAUUGAAACCUGCCCCAGUUAUUUUCGACGUCGACCAGCGUGAGGAUGCAGCUGUCCUUGAGCCUGUACUUUACCGUCUCAUCGGCGAAACCUCCCUGCCCAUCGUCCUCCUUGGUGGUCGCUCCAUUGGAUCCCAUCGGACAUUACCAAGCUACACGACUCUGGCGACCUUGAACAAGCCAUGA